AGCGGAUUUGACCCAUUUAUAACCCUAUAAAGACGAUUGUACUUUCAACAUCGCACCUGACGUUCUCCAUUGAAGUACUUGUAUCCUCCAUUGAAGCAGCUUCUGAGAAAACCUUCAACGCACCCUCAACCAUGCCUACUGUUGGUGUUGGUAGAGACCGCCUUUUCUCAGCUCUUCGCCAAUCCUAUGAAGAUAAAGAUUUUGAAGAUCUGUGCUUUAGGUUUGGCAUAGAGCUUGAUGAUAUAACAACAGAGAAAGCAAUUAUCCGGAAAGAAAAGCAUAUUGUAGAUGAAGGGCCGACCGAGGAUGAAGAAAUCAUCUACAAAAUUGAUGUGCCUGCUAAUAGGUAUGAUUUGCUUUGCCUUGAGGGUCUUGCGCAGGCCCUUUUGGUUUUCGAAGAGCGUGAAGAAAUUCCAAGAUACACGCUCGCUGAUGUUACUCGUGAAUCCAUGUUGAAAAUGCAUGUAAAAUCAAGUUUUCCAAAAAAGGAUGUGCCUACGGAACCCGAGUUAUCAAUCCGGCCUUUUGUUGUUUGUGCUGUUCUAAGAGGUAUUACCUUUGACGAAGCAAGAUACAACAGCUUCAUUGAUCUUCAAGACAGGCUACAUCAGAACAUAUGCCGUCGAAGAACCUUGGUGGCUAUUGGGACUCAUGACUUGGAUACUAUUCAAGGCCCUUUCUCCUAUGAGGCUGCUCUGCCGCCAGAAAUAAAAUUUGUGCCUUUGAAGCAGGUAAAUGCAUUCAGGGCUGAUGAAUUGAUGGAGUUCUAUAAGUCCGAUUUGAAGCUGAAGAAAUACCUGCAUAUUAUAGAGAAUUCUCCUGUGUUUCCGGUUAUAUAUGACCAUGACAGAACUGUUUUGUCUUUACCCCCGAUUAUAAAUGGGGCACACUCAGCUAUUACUUUGAAGACGAAGAAUGUUUUCAUUGAAUGUACAGCUACUGAUUUGACGAAGGCUAAGAUUGUUUUGAAUACUAUGGUUACUAUGUUCUCGGGCUACUGUGAGAAGAAGUUUGAAGUUGAACCAGUUGAAGUUAUAUAUUCUGAUGGAGAGUCAUAUGUUUGUCCUGACCUGUCAUGCUAUGAUAUGGAAGUGUCUCUGUCUUACAUCAAUGACGCAAUUGGAGUAUCAUUAGAAGCAGACCAGGUUACUCAGUUGUUGAGAAGGAUGCAAUUGCAUGCCAAGAAGUCUGAUCCAGCUGUUAAUCAAUGCAAUAUAUGUGUUUCUGUUCCUCCUACCAGAAGCGAUGUUCUUCAUCCUUGUGAUGUGAUGGAGGAUGUUGCUAUUGCAUUUGGAUACAAUGAAAUCCCAAAAAGAAGGCCGGCAUCGAUAAAGCCACUUGCAUUAAAUGAACUAAGUGAUAUGAUCAGAUCUGAGAUUGCAAUGAAUGGGUUCACUGAAGUUUUGACAUGGAUAUUGUGCUCUUACAAAGAGAAUUUUGCCAUGUUGAAUCGUAAGGAUGACCGAUCAACUGCAGUGAUUAUUGCCAAUCCUCGUUCUUCUGAUUUUGAGGUGGUGCGUAGUAGUCUUAUGGCUGGUAUACUGAAAACUGUUGGGCACAAUAAAGAUCAUCGGAAGCCUAUCAAGAUCUUUGAAGUUGGUGAUAUAGCAAUCCUGGAUGAUUCAAAAGAUGUUGGUUCCCGAAAUUCUCGUCAACUUGCAGCACUUUAUUGUGGUAAUAGCUCCGGUUUUGAGAUUAUACACUCCCUAGUUGACAGAGUUAUGGAAAUAGUUGGCACUCCUUUUGUUGCAGAAGGGGAUAAAUCUGGCUACUACAUAAAGCGUGCAGAUAACCCUGAGUUUCUUCCAGGAAGACAAGCCAACAUCAUGUACAAAGGGAAGCUCUUAGGCUCCUUUGGCAUUGUGCAUCCUGAGGUUUUGAGCAACUUUGAUAUCUCAGAUCCCUGUUCAUACGUGGAGCUUAACAUAGAGUGCUUCUUAUGAUGUUAAAUUGGUAGUUGGUUAUUUCCGGCCAACUUGAAUCGUCAAUGAAACAUCACUCAACCUUUGUAGUCUUAUAUCAAGAUAUAGUGUAACAUUUGAAUAGGUGAUUUAUUCAAUUUUGCCAAUAUUUACAAUUUUGUGUUUCUGGUCUUUUGAAUGAUAUAUUCUAAAAGCAGUAAAUAAUUUAUUGCUUUUUCUAUUUUAAUUUAAGAGCUAUAUUGGUUAUGAAAGUUCAA